AUGGAAGCAAUGUUUCACUCUUCAAGCUUUCUCCUCCCGUCGAUUCCCGCCGACGAGACGAGAUACGCACUCGUUGUUCUCAAUCAGAAUCUACCACGAUUCACUCCUCUUCUCUGGGAACAUGCAAAACUUCGUCUCUGUGCUGAUGGAGGCGCAAAUCGUAUCUACGACGAAUUACCUCUCUUCUUCCCUCAUGAAGACGCUUUCGUCGUUCGAAACAGGUAUAAACCGGAUGUUAUCAAGGGAGAUAUGGACUCUAUUCGGCGCGAUGUCCUCGACUUUUAUGCAAGCUUGGGAACUAAGGUUAUAGAUGAAUCUCAUGAUCAAGAUACCACAGAUCUUGAUAAAUGCAUCUUGUAUAUCCGUGACUCUGCUUUGAAUCAAGAGAGUUCGAAACUCCAAAUUCUUGCUACAGGGGCACUCGGAGGAAGAUUUGAUCAUGAAGCUGGUAAUCUCAAUGUCUUGUAUCGGUAUCCAGACACAAGGAUAAUCCUUUUAUCUGAUGAUUGCCUCAUCCAACUCCUUCCAAAGACUCAUCGACAUGAGAUUCAAAUUCAGUCCUCUCUCGUAGGGCCUCACUGUGGACUCGUCCCUAUUGGAACUCCAUCUGCCAAAACCACAACCACAGGGCUUAAAUGGGAUCUCACCAACACUGAGAUGAGAUUUGGUGGGUUGAUAAGUACGUCGAACUUGGUUAAAGGGGAGAAAAUCACAGUCGAAUCUGAUUCAGAUCUUCUCUGGACUAUAUCGAUCAAGAAGCAAGAAUCGACAAAACAUUAG